AUGAAAUCCAUUCUUUUACUUUUAGUUUGCACUUGGUAUGUACGAGCUUCAUGGUUUCUGGGAUGCAGGGACUUUCAACUGGUCGAUUAUGUAAAGCCAAAGGAAAUUUCGGCUACUAUUAUGAUGUUCAAAGACGAUGCGAAAGAUGUGAGUUUAUAAAUUUGAGUUUUUAUUUGAAAAAACAAAGUUUUAUGAAUGGAAUAUUAAGGAAAGUUAAAAAAUGGGUAACAAGAAUGUUUUUCAAUGUAACUUUUUUGAAAAUGUAGCUAGUGGCUUGAUAUUUUGAGCGAUUGUAGAUCAAUCAUUUUCACAACUAAUGUUUUAACUGAAAUUCAGAAAUUCGCAGAGUUUUUGAAGUUACAGUAAUUUAACCGUACAGUACUUUUUACAAAAUUUCAAAAAUUUUUUAAUUUAAAAUGUUGAUUAUAAGGUUUGUAGGACAUAUAAUAGAAUUGUAUAUAUUUGUUAGUUUUGGGAAUAGUACCUUGAUUUACGGCCGUGCAUAUAUUUGAAAAUGACGAAAAAUCACGAAAGUUCGAAUCCGCUUGGAAGCAGCGGAGUAAAGUGGGUAUAUCUUUCAAAGUCUUUCGGAUUUUAAAAUUUUAUUUAUCGUGUUUGUUGAGUAAUUUCAUUACCUAAAUUUGUACAAAGUUUCAGUUUCUUAGCUAUGUUGUGAAGAAAGUUAUGAUUAUAUUUGUCUAGAGCACUACGAUAAUAUCCCUCUUUUGACGGGGUUUUUGCUAAUUUUAUGUGAAAAACCCAACAAGAGGGCUGAAAUACAAUUUUAAAUCAAAGAUACGAUACAUUGUUUUAGUAUAAUUAUAUUUUUACAUUUUAGGACCCCUUGCACGACUGGUUAUUUACAGAAAUUGCUUGUCGAUACCUGAAAAUGGAGACUAACAAGAUGGUGGGGAUGGAUGUUGUACUGUUUGAUGACCAAUUUAUGUGGUUCUUUAUGUCGAAUAGAAGCGAUGUUUCUUACCGACGUUAUGAUACGUUACCGCAAAAUAAUGAAUCUAUGUUUUUGAAUGAGUGUAAGUUAAUAUUACUUUGAAUUUUAUUUUUUAGGUAUAAAAUUAUUUUUAAAAGCUUUUUAUGGAUUGUAGAAUACGGAACUGAUUUACCAAGUGUUCUGUUUUAGCUUUAGAAUCUUUUUCUGGCCUAAAUAUUACUAUAGAACACAAUGCCAAAUAUGGCGGGAAUUUUGAAUUUUAAAAGUUUUUUUUGUUAAGCAGGAAGAUAAUUAAUUUAGAGUAAAAUACGAACUUUCUAGUUUGUAUCUGCCAAAUAAGAUUGCUUUAUAUCUAAAAAUGACACAGAAACAGAAUGCCAAAAACGGCGGAAAAACGGAAAUUUGAAUUUUAUAUCUAAAACUUUUAGCUUUAACGAAUGAACUAAAUUUGCCUUGUCAAAAACUAGUCUGGAAGAUCAUGAAGAUAUCAUUUUUCAUGGAUUUGACCAACGAUACACUUAAAAAUGUCAUUUAUAUUGAUGAUUUUGGCCACGAAGACUAUUGUUCUCCUGAUGAACUUGUGAAUGUAAGUCUUUGUUAUGACGUUGUUACAGUAAGAAUUGUUAGGCCAACUUGAAACGUGAUGUUUUUCCAAGCUUUACAAUGAUAUAUUUUGGUAUAUCUUUCAGGAAUUUCUUCGAAUCCAAGGCAAAGUUCAGGGUUAUCAACCAUUGUUUGGUAUGGUACUACAUCAAGUUGGGAAUAGUAACUAUAGUGCCAUUCCGAAUGGGACUGAAGACGUGAAUACUUUGGGGCAAUGCCCAGAAGAGUACAAUGUGACAGAGUGCGUGUUUUUGGGAAUUUUACCUGGAUAUAUUUUUGGUUUUGACACUGGAAAUGGUAAGUUUUUUUUCUACCCUCUACUCCCUACUCAUACCCCUCACAUCUACAACUACUUCUACUUCUAUCUCUUCUUUACCACUCCCUUCAUCCUGACCUUAAUCUCGGUCUCUACCAUACAAUUUCAAAAAUUUGCAUUCCGCCUACCUACUAUUGAUUUUUUAGUUUUUUUGUUUACUGUUUUCUUCGCGUAGCUUUAGGCUUGCCUCACAUGCCCUAAAGAGAAGAAGUAAAUUUUAAAAAUUUUAGCGACAACCACAGUUGAUAAGAUGAUGCCAAAAAUUUCUGAACUAAAUGAUGGAAUUGAAUGGCUGCUCAGAAGCCUUGCCAAUCGUAUGACACAAGUUACACAUGAAUAUGUGAAACGAUCGAGUGAUGUACAUGUUUAUUCGUUUCUGUAGGUGCAGUUUUAAACGUUUCUAUGUAUUUAUAAGCCGAAACUUACAUUUUUAAGUCUAAACGUGUAUUUUUAAGCGUAAACGUCAUUUUUAAGCUUAAAAUUUUAUUUUAAGCCUAAAAGUCAUUUUUAUGCUUAAAAUAUUAUUUUUAAGCAUAAAAGUCGUUUUUAAGCUUAAACUAUUAUUUUCAAGCCUAAAAUAUUAUUUUAAGCCUAAAAGUCAUUUUUAAGCCUAAAAUCUUAUUCUUAAGGUUAAAAUAUUAUUUUCAUGCCUAAACUAUUAUUUUUAAGCCUAAAAUUUUAUUUUAAGCCUAACGUCAUUUUUAAUCCUAGCUUUAAUUAUGUUUUCAGGUAUAAUGUUCUAUAUUAUUUGGCAUUUGUCAUGGGUUUGAUGUUCCUUAUCGUAUUUUGGUGCUUUACGAGCAUUUUCGCUACUAUAGCUGGUGCACUGUUCAAUAAUUAUUUCAUUGAAUGUAAGUUUUUAUUUAUAUUAGGGUAGGGUAACUGUUGGUUAGGGUAGUGUGAGAGCAGUGUAGGAUAGAGCAGGUUACUGUAGGUAUGAUAAGGUAGGAUACUGCAGGACAGGGUAAGGUAUGGUAGGGUAAAGUGGAGGGGAAGUAGGGCAUGGUAGGGUAGGGCACGGUGGGAUAGAGAAGGGUAUGGUCGUUCAUGACAAGUUAGGAUACUGUAGGACAGGGUAAGGUGAUAAUGUAGUGGGAGGGUCGGGUAGGAUAAAUCGUAAAAACAGGUAAUUGUCAUCAUUUAUAGUCCUGAUGGACGCCAGAUCAAACGAAGAAAGGCGAGACUAUCGCAGAGCGAUCGCUCAACAGGCGCAAGUAGUUCAACAACAGAAUGCUCCAGUACAACUACAAGGUCAGGCACAACAAAACGAUCAAGUAAAACAUGGUCAAGUACAACAAAAUGGUCAAACACAACAGAAUGAUCAAGUACAACAACAUCAAAACCAACAAAGAAAUGAAUCACAACAAACACAAGGCCCACAAGCGGUAGUAGUAAUGGGACAAGGAGUUGUAGAACAAGUAGAAAGUAACCAAGUAAACCAUCAAGUGCAAGAAGAAUCAGUUAAAGAGGAUGAACAAGUAAAACAAGAACAACAAAGAGAUCCAGCUCAAGACAUGAAGAUACAACAAGAUCAACAGGUGCAAGAACAAGAAGAACAAAGGAAAGAACAACAAGAAGUGAAAGGACAAGAGGUAAAAGCGCAAGAACAAGUUGUAAAAGGACAAGAACAUCAAGUAGAACAGAAGAAACAUGAAUCGAAAACAGAAUAA